AUGUUGCUCCAUGUGUCCCCCAACAUCCCUGUGUCCUUCUCUGUGCCCCCCAUGUCCCUCCAUGUGUCCCCCAACAUCCCUGUGUCCUUCUCUGUGCCCCCCAUGUCCCUCCAUGUGUCCCCCAACAUCCCUGUGUCCUUCUCUGUGCCCCCCAUGUCCCUCCAUGUGUCCCCCAACAUCCCUGUGUCCUUCUCUGUGCCCCCCAUGUCCCUCCAUGUGUCCCCCAACAUCCCUGUGUCCUUCUCUGUGCCCCCCAUGUCCCUCCAUGUGUCCCCCAACAUCCCUGUGUCCUUCUCUGUGCCCCCCAUGUCCCUCCAUGUGUCCCCCAACAUCCCUGUGUCCUUCUCUGUGCCCCCCAUGUCCCUCCAUGUGUCCCCCAACAUCCCUGUGUCCUUCUCUGUGCCCCCCAUGUCCCUCCAUGUGUCCCCCAACAUCCCUGUGUCCUUCUCUGUGCCCCCCAUGUCCCUCCAUGUGUCCCCCAACAUCCCUGUGUCCUUCUCUGUGCCCCCCAUGUCCCUCCAUGUGUCCCCCAACAUCCCUGUGUCCUUCUCUGUGCCCCCCAUGUCCCUCCAUGUGUCCCCCAACAUCCCUGUGUCCUUCUCUGUGCCCCCCAUGUCCCUCCAUGUGUCCCCCAACAUCCCUGUGUCCUUCUCUGUGCCCCCCAUGUCCCUCCAUGUGUCCCCCAACAUCCCUGUGUCCUUCUCUGUGCCCCCCAUGUCCCUCCAUGUGUCCCCCAACAUCCCUGUGUCCUUCUCUGUGCCCCCCAUGUCCCUCCAUGUGUCCCCCAACAUCCCUGUGUCCUUCUCUGUGCCCCCCAUGUCCCUCCAUGUGUCCCCCAACAUCCCUGUGUCCUUCUCUGUGCCCCCCAUGUCCCUCCAUGUGUCCCCCAACAUCCCUGUGUCCUUCUCUGUGCCCCCCAUGUCCCUCCAUGUGUCCCCCAACAUCCCUGUGUCCUUCUCUGUGCCCCCCAUGUCCCUCCAUGUGUCCCCCAACAUCCCUGUGUCCUUCUCUGUGCCCCCCAUGUCCCUCCAUGUGUCCCCCAACAUCCCUGUGUCCUUCUCUGUGCCCCCCAUGUCCCUCCAUGUGUCCCCCAACAUCCCUGUGUCCUUCUCUGUGCCCCCCAUGUCCCUCCAUGUGUCCCCCAACAUCCCUGUGUCCUUCUCUGUGCCCCCCAUGUCCCUCCAUGUGUCCCCCAACAUCCCUGUGUCCUUCUCUGUGCCCCCCAUGUCCCUCCAUGUGUCCCCCAACAUCCCUGUGUCCUUCUCUGUGCCCCCCAUGUCCCUCCAUGUGUCCCCCAACAUCCCUGUGUCCUUCUCUGUGCCCCCCAUGUCCCUCCAUGUGUCCCCCAACAUCCCUGUGUCCUUCUCUGUGCCCCCCAUGUCCCUCCAUGUGUCCCCCAACAUCCCUGUGUCCUUCUCUGUGCCCCCCAUGUCCCUCCAUGUGUCCCCCAACAUCCCUGUGUCCUUCUCUGUGCCCCCCAUGUCCCUCCAUGUGUCCCCCAACAUCCCUGUGUCCUUCUCUGUGCCCCCCAUGUCCCUCCACCCUCCCGCCACGCCGUCUGCCACCAGCACGGCGUCCCCAUGUCCCCGCCGACGCCACAGGGCCACCACUGCGGUCAUGGAGCAGCCAGAGGACCCACCCGGAGAUGGGGGGACGGUACCCAGCACCCACAGAGCCACGGGGAUGUGGUUUGCCCUGCUGGUGACCAUUGUCAACAGAGAGAUUCAUGGAGGCUCCAUGACAUCAUCAGUGGCUGGUUGA